AUGUCUUUCUCCAAGCCAGAGGAUCAGCUGGCCUUCGAGCUGAGCUGCCCCAUCUGCCUCCAGCUGUUCUCUGAUCCGGUGGUUCUCCCCUGUGGUCACAACUACUGUCAAGCCUGUAUCUGGAAGACCGCCGACAAGAGGGACACAACCCUUCCACGUUGUCCAGAGUGCCGCAUGGAGUAUCAGGGUGUGGAGUCCCUGCAGAAAAAUUUCAAACUCUCCAGCAUCAUUGAAGGUUACCGAGCCAAGGCACCACAGCUGCACAGCAGGAAGCAUGAGACGGAGCCUGAGAAGAAGGAGGUUUUCUGCGACCACUGUAUAGAUGAGCAGUCGCUGGCUGUGAAGACCUGCCUGAAAUGUGAAGUGUCUCUGUGUCCCAGGCACCUUCAAAGACACCAUGAGAAGGAGGCGUUCAGGGCACACAUUAUGGUGGAGCCCCUGAAAGAGCUGGGGUUGAAUAGCUGUGCCACUCACUGUCUGUCCUUUGAAUAUUUCUGUUCCAACGACAUGACGUUAAUGUGCCGCACGUGCUUCACAGAAGGCCAUCACCAGAACCACGACGUUCUCACCUUCAAUCUAGCCGAGCAGGAGAUGAGGAGAGCGCUGGAGAGCUGCACCAAGGGGGUUUCUUCCAGGCUGCUGAAGACAGAGAGUCUCCUACAGAGGAUAGAAGAGGAUCAAGCAGCCGCUGAAGCUACAGGGGACAGAGUGGUCAACAAGGCUGUCACUGUCAUGAACGGAAUGGCUGCACUGGUGGACAGGUACAAGGGACGCCUGUGUGUGCUAUUGGAUGAGGAGAGAGACCAGUGCAGAAAACGCAGGCUCCUCGGACUGAGUGCACUCAAAGAGCGCCAGCAGCAGUUAAUGGAGGCGCAGCGAAGUGCCACACAGGCCCUCAGCGAGACUGACACAUGCAUCUUCAUACACAGGUUCAUGCUGAUUGAACAUAAGCUGAGAGAAGUCGUCACAGACACAGUUCCCUCCACGAUCCCCUCAAAGGUUCCACUGAACACCAAGCGUCUCCAGGCAAGCCUCAAAACCCAAGACUUCCGUUCAGAAAUGACCCGCCUCCUGAAUUCCCUCCACAUCCUCCUGAGCCCCCUGGAACUCACCUUCAACCUCUGCACUGCCCACCCCAGCCUGAUAGUCUCCAAUGAUCUGCACACAGUCAAGUACAGCCCUACCAAGCAGUCAUAUGCAGAGCACCCAGAGCGUUUUACAAGUGCCUCCCAGGUUCUUUGCCGACAGGGGUUUUCGAGUGGUGUGCACAUAUGGGUGGUAGAAGUGGGAUCCAACAGCAUGUGGUCGCUGGGUGUGUGUUACAAGAGCAUUCCUCGCCGUGGUGACCACAGUCGUUUAGGACACAACUCUGUUUCCUGGCGGCUGCAAUGGAAAAACAACAAGCUGUCAGGGUGCCAGUCCUCGUGCAGUGUGGCUCUGGGGGAAAUGGCCAAUCAUCUGCAGAAAAUUGAGAUAAUGCUGGACUAUGAGGCUGGAACAUUGAUGUUCCACAACAUUAAAGGACACAGGGAGCACCUCCACACCUUCAGGGCUGUGUUUAAGGAGCCGGUAUACCCAGCGUUCAGUUUACAUUCAAACACACCAGAGUCCUGGAUCACACUCUACAGUGGGAUGUGAACACAACUUCUAUUUUUAGAUUUUAUUCGGGUGUAAAUUUGCCUCAAACUAAAAAAAAAAGUUUCUUACUUUUGUAUUCAAUGCUUUCUUUAAAACGUCUGUAUGGUAAUGCAUUAAAAAAGUGCAGAUUGGUUAAGAAGUUUUUCUUUUAGUUUCCUUAUAAAGUAAACAUUAAUGUGCUUGAACUUGAACAAUGGCACUUGGGCUGAAUAUGAUGUUUAUACUACAAAUGAACUCUUUUUUUAAUGUUUGUUUAUUAGGGUUGCACAAUAUUGACAAGAUGUAAUAUUGCGAUAAUGAUUAUGAAUAUUGAGAUAUCAAUAUUAAUUUUGAUAUUUUUAAACAUGUAAAAUGACAAAAGUUAAGGGAAAAGGCAUCUAAAUAGAUAGAUGUUUAUAAAAAUACAACAAGGUUUAUUUCACCAGACUGUCCUAUAGGACUGGUACAACAUGAAUAGAUAAAUAACGACUAUGUCUACAGAACAGGACAUGUUUUACUGGUUGUUCAGUAUAAAAUAAAUAAAGAGAACAGGACA